CAGAGAGGACCAGGACUGACUGAGAACUACAGGUCCAGCUUCAGACCUGCAGGAUUCAGUCGACCAGGAUCAGACAGAGCACCAGCAGACGAACCUGAGGACCGGAGCCGCAGCCUGCUCUGUGAACUCUGCCGACAGAGGAGUUGUAACUCGGCCGUUUGCUGCUCAGAUCUUUGUGUGUCUGUUGUCUGUCCUCACUUCCUCAAACAUCAGUGAGACUCAGACUCUGCUGAGUCUGUGAGGAUCUGAUCUGAAGGAUCCUGAACUGUUUCUGUAUCAGGACCAGCUGAAAGUGCUCCUACACGCCUGCAGAGACAGACUCUGUGUCCUCUGUCAGUGUCAGGCAGAGUCCAUCAUGUCUUCUCUGUUCGUGGUGUUCUUCCUCGUGGCCGUCAACCGUCUCGUCAACGCUUCUCCGGCGGUCUCUCCGGCUCCUGAAGUUGCCGUGGCGUCUCAGCUCCAGCUGGGGGCGUCGUCCUCCGACUGUCCAUCCUGCUCUCUGUCUCAGGUGAGGAGGAACUCGUCUUUGUCGGGAGGACAGAGCGACAUGGUGGAGGCGGUGAAGCGUCACAUUCUCAACAUGCUGCACCUGAGCGCCCGGCCCAACCUGACACAGCCGGUCCCCCGAGCCGCGCUGCUCAACGCUAUCAAGAAGCUGCACGUCGGCCACGUGGCCGAAGACGGCAGCGUGGAGAUCCAGGAGGAGGGCUGGGGCCCCGGGGCCCACACACCACCUGAACCACCCUCUGAAAUCAUCACCUUUGCAGAACCAGGUGACUCUCCAAACGUAGUGACCUUUGACAUUUCAAAGGAGGGCGGUGGCUCCUCAGUGGUGGAGCAGGCGAAUGUCUGGAUCUUUCUGAAGAUGUCGAAGGGAAACCGAGCGAAGGGCAAAGUGACACUGCGGCUGCUGCAGCUUCAUCAUGACGCUGAUGAGGAGGAGUGUGUUUCAGAGAAGAUGGUGGACACUCGUCGCAGUGGCUGGCAUACCCUCGCCGUCCCUCGCACCGUUCAGACUUUGCUGGACGGCGGCGGCAGCGUGCUCAGCCUGCGGGUUUCCUGUCUGCUGUGUGCGGAGACCGGAGCCCUGCCCGUCCUGGAGCCUGCCAACGGCGAGCGGGGCGCAAGCCGAGAUCAGUCUCACCGGCCGUUCCUGAUGGUGGCACUGCAAGCUCGAGAGGAGGCGACGCAGCGAAGAGUCAAACGAGGUCUGGAGUGCGAUGGGAAAAUACGCGUCUGCUGCAAACGGCAGUUUUACGUGAACUUUAAAGACAUCGGCUGGAACGACUGGAUUAUCGCUCCGUCGGGUUACCACGCCAACUACUGUGAGGGCGACUGUCCAAACCACAUGGCGAGCCUCAGCGGCUCGUCCCUCUCCUUCCAUUCAACUGUCAUCAAUCAUUAUCGUAUGAGGGGCUACAGCCCGUUUCAGAACAUCAAGUCGUGCUGCGUGCCAACGAGGCUGCGCGCCAUGUCGAUGCUUUACUACAACGAAGAACAGAAGAUCAUCAAGAAAGAUAUUCAGAACAUGAUAGUGGAGGAGUGCAGCUGCUCGUAAACACUGACAAAGACUUGAAACUGUUUGAAAAACAUCAGACCAGAACUUUCCCAGAUCAAGUAUUUAUGUUUAGUGUCAAAGCGACAAAGCUUCGUGUUUCUUACUGGGAGAGACUCUUUUCCACAUUGGAACAAUCUGAGAAUACUAUGCAACAGAUCCUUCACAUGUCGACAUACACACACGUUACUGUUCUCUGUUGUGUGUCUGUUGUUUUCUACUGUUAUCGAAAACACCUGAGAAUCAUUUUGAUGUUUUACUGAAGGUUCAACUUGUGU